CAACGGUCACACUGGCACAAUAUUUCGGUUAAAUUUGUUGUAAGUCGCCGCGAUGUUUUUUUGCACUUAGACAAUAAGGAGAACAGACAUUUGUGCCGUUUGGCAAAAGAAGCAGACCUUUGCCUACAAUAAGAUCUGCUUGAAAAAGCUCGUUUUAUAGAAAAGGGGAAGCCGAAAACCCAUCUAUUCCGAUUCGGAGAAUGGUCAAUGAAAACUCCCAUGUCAGCAGCACCAAAAAAUAUGGACCCCCUUGCAGAAAAUUUCCUUGAGGCAGCAGAAAACAUAGUUGCCAACGCUAGUUCGAGGGUCGCCCAGGGAAAGUUUGUUGAAAUUGGCAAACUGAUUCCCCUGCCUAACCAAGCACCGGUUUUAAUUCAGGAUGUCAAUAAUAUGUGUACACUACGUAAGGAAGCUGAGAACAUUGCACCGGUUCAAAGGCAUAAGGAUUCCCUACUUUGCGAUAAGUGUGGUGCAUUGUUUAAAACCACCCACAAUCUGAAGAUGCACAAAAUGCGCCACGAAGGCCUCAAGGCUUUUGCCUGCACAAGCUGUGACCAGCGGUUUGUAAACCAAUACCUGUUGAAGGUACACGUGCGGGUCCGACACUUGGGCGAAACGCCAUAUGCCUGCAAGUUCUGUGAGAGGAAAUUCUUUACUAGCACAUCACGCAGUUAUCACCAGCGGACUCAACAUAUUCGAGACUGGAGCUACGAGUGCAACUUAUGCAGCCUAAGGUUCAAUACAAGGACCGACUUGAACAAGCAUAAGUACCGUCACACUGGCCAAAAACCUUUUCGAUGUGAAGUAUGCAACAUGAGCUUUCCUCGACGAUCUGAUUUAAAAAAUCACUACAACACGCAAAGUCACUACAAGAAAGUCAGUAACAGGGCUUGAUCACUAAUGAUGACGAUUAAUUGAAUUGAUUUAAACAAUACAGUGAGAUGAUUUGUUGAGGCACUGGAUUGCCUUACUAUCUCCCGGAUCUCACUACGUUGUAUAUUAUUUUAAAAGCCUUUUGGUUAAAUCGUAUCAAUUUCGUUUUCGUUUGUUAAUCAUUUUGAUAUUGUUUUCUAAACCUAGUUCAUAUUACAUUACAUUACUUGUUUAUACAUA